GCAAUGUAUUAACUCUCACGGCAAACGUAGCAAGACACCGCUCCGGGCCGUCCUGUUAUUUCACUAACAACAACUACAGCUCAUGCCAUGGGUACGCUACAACGACUGCCCAAAUGUAAGAUGGCGGAACUGUCUGAUUGCGUCAUUACCGUGCGCCAUGUUAUAGCCCUCUGUUCGGUGUCGCUAUCCAGGCGCUUAUUAUUAUUAUUAUUAUUAUAGUAUUCACUUCGUUUAAUAUGUAGCAUGGUUUGUACACUGCGUGCCUUGCAGUUCUUCUCAGUGUUAGUCAGUGUUCUAAUGUAAUGUUUAAUUAAUGUCAUUAUACUUUUAGCCAGUCCCGUCCUGACUGUCUUGGUAACUCCCCUCCUAGCAACAGAGCAUUGCUGUGUGUUGGUGUAUCCAGGGCACAGCGGGUGCUGGCUGAUUGUCAUGGCUGCCUCCACUUAAUGCUGCAAACAUAUUGCUGUUUUCAUUGUAUUUGGAGGUAAGUGAAUGUUUGAAGCACUGUAUACGGCGCUCUGAUACUGCAGGGGUUACAGCCCCUGUUAUCACUGGGUAAUGUUUCCCACCCCUCAGAAAUAAUGUAGGCAAUCCAAAAUAAUAAACAUGCUUAUUAUAGAAAUAAACACAGCAAGCGGAUUACUGCACUGGAAACUAAAACAUGAAAAGUAAUAUGUUUAAUGAGGGAAACCAUUAUCAGUAUUAUAGUGAAAAAUAAAUUGUGUUUUUGUUUAUGAUAAUAUUUAUGUAUAUUAUUAGCCAAUGGUACAUAUGAACAAACCCUAGUAGUAUAGACAGAAGAUUCAGAGGUCCUUGGCUAUAUGUUGAUAGUUUUAAAUGGGACACGUGAAAAGUGAAGUAGUGAGUUACAGGAUAAUCAUAACUCCAAACUGUUGCUGUUUAGGAGGGACAGUCCCAGAGGCGUAACUAGAAACCACUGGGCCCAGUGUGAAAAUUUAAGUUGAAAUAGCCAAAUUAGAUGCAUAGCUGAAUUAGGGAUUAUUUCAGUUCUAAAGACAUAUUAACCCCUUAAGGAUGGCGGGCGUGUUAUGCAGUCCUUGGGGAACCGGCUCUAAACGCGGGCGGCAAAGCACGUCCCCGGUCGCCGACGAUCGCGGUGUGGGGACUCACCUGGGAGUCUCACUCCAUUGGUUUCAGCCCCCCUGGGGCAUGUGAUCGCGAGGACCUCGCGAUCACAUGGACGGCAUAACCGUCCACAGCAAUGCCUGAAAUGACAGGUACUCCCCCUGCUGCCUGUAUAAAAAAAAAAAAGUUAAAACAGUUUAAAAUUAAAUUAUAUAUACACUUGGAUUAUAUAUAUAAAGAUCCAGGAUGCACUCUCAGGUCUUUGUUAAAAAAUACUGUGGUUUAUUUAAAUAAUGUGCAUACAGCAAAAAAAAAAAAAAAAAAAUCGAGGUUUCGACCCCUACGAGUCUUUUUCAAUAUGAUUUAGCCUAGUGAUUAUAUGGUACAUGAAAAUGCUGCAAUUGAGUAAUUUUUCUAUCUGGGAAUUAUAAAUGAGUAUACUAGAUGAUAUUAAUUUUUUCCAAUAUAGUUAUAAUAAGUGGUUCACUAUUUAUAUUAUGUUCAUAUGAUGCAACAUGAACAUUAAAGGACCACUAUAGGCACCCAGACCACUUCAGCUUAAUGAAGUGGUCUGGGUGCCAGGUCCAGCUAGGGUUAAAGGGACACUGUAAUCACUAUAACCACUUUGUCUCUUUGAAUUGGUUAUAGUGCCUGGAGUGCUCUGGCACUGUCCCUCCAUUCAAUGUUGCACCAUGUUUGUACUGUACGCCACAAAGUAAGAGUCCCUGGCCACCCACAGUCCGGCCCCUUCAGUAUGUGUAGCUAAGGCAGAGAUUACACACUUCCUUGUUGUCAUACCCAUUCAUACCGUCAGUUGGAGCUCUGACAGGUUAAAAGCAGUCAGCUGACACUCUCAGCCAAUCACAUUGACCAUUGCUGCUCAGGGUAAAACUUCCUUAUUAGCCAAAGCAGCACAGAGGGGAUGGACUGCCGGGGUCUCUUGUUUAGCAUUAAAACAUUACAACAUUAAAAACUGUUUAAUGCUGAAAGAAAUGAUGGCACCAGGGGACUCCAUACACUAUAACCCUUUUUUUUUAUAAACAUAGCAGUUUCUCUCUACUGUGCUCGAAAUGGGCUUAAUAUAUAUAUAUAUAUAUAUAUAUAUAUAUAUAUAUAUAUAUAUAUAUAUAUAUUUACUUAAUUAGGUUGUUUUAUUAAUUACAAUUUGCGGGACCUGCCUGACAAUCCAGGCCGAAAGUAUAGGGAAUUUAAAGGACCGCUAUAGUGCCAGGAAAACAUACUCGUUUUCAUGGCACUAUAGUGCCCUGAGGGUGCCCCCACCCUCAGGGACUCCCUCCCGCCAGGCUCUAGGGGGAGGAAGGGGUUAAACUUACCUCUUUCUCCAGCGCCGGGCGGGGAGCUCUCCUCUCCUCCUCUUCGGCUGAAUGCGCAUGCGCGGCAGGAGCUACGCGCGCAUUCAGCCAGUCCAUAGGAAGGCAUUCACAAUGCUUUCCUAUGGACGCUAGAGUAUUCUCACAGAUUUUCACAGUGAGAAGCGCGGAAGCCCUCUAGCGGCUGUCAAUGAGACAGCCACUAGAGGCUAGAUUAACCCAUUUAUAAACAUAGCAGUUUCUCUGAAACUGCUAUGUUUAUAUUUAAAAAAAAAAAAAAAGGUUAUCCCUAGCUGGACCUGGCAACCAGACCACUUCAUUAAGCUGAAGUGGUCUGAGCCUAUAGUGGUCCUUUAAUUAGCUAGCACUAUAUUUAACCCUGUAACUUUCCAAGACACCAUAAAACCUGUACAUGGGGGGUACUGUUUUACUCAGAAGACUUCGCUGAACACAAAUAUUAGUGUUUCAAAACAGUAGAAUGUAUACAACAAUGAUAUUGUCAGUAAAAGUGAAAUUUUUUGCAUUUUUCACACUCAAAUGGCACUUACACGGACGAUAUUGUUGUGAUACGUUUUACUGUUUUGAAACACUAAUAUUUGUCUUCAGCGAAGUCUUAUGAGUAAAACAAUACCCCUCGUACAUGUUUUAUGGUGUUUUUAAAAGUUACAGAGUCAAAUAUAAGGCUUUCAGUUUUUUCACAUUGAAAUUUGCCAGAUUGGUUACGUUGCCUUUGAGACCGUAUGGUAGCUCAGGAAUGAAAAUUACCCCCAUGAUGGCAUUCCAUUUGCAAUAGUAGACAACCCAAGGUAUUGCAAAUGGGAUAUGUCCAGUUAUUUAAAGUAGCUACUUAGUCACAAACACUGGCCAGAAUUGGCGUUCAAAUUUAGUUUUUUGCAUUUUUCACACACAAAUAUUAACACUAACUUUGGGCAGUGUUUGUAACCAAGUGGCUACUAAAAAAAGACUGGACAUACCCCAUAUGCAAUACCUUGGGUUGUCUACUUUUGCAAAUGGUAUGCCAUCAUGGGGGUAAUUUUAAUUCCAGGGCUACCAUACGGUCUCAAAGGCAACAUAUCCAAUCUGGUGAAUUUCAAUGGGAAAAAAAUAAAAAACGUAACAUGCUAUAUUUGACCCUGUAACUUCUCAAAACACCAUAAAACCUGUACAUAGAGGGUACUGUUUUACACGUGAGACAUCGCUGAAUACAAAUAUGUGUAUUUUAUUGCAGUAAAAGCAAACAAUAUUAUGACAUUCACAGUUAAAAUGUCACGUAGAACUAAAAAUUCCUUCAAAAUUCUUAUUUUCUCCCAUUUAUUUAUUUAUUUAUUAUAUUCAUAUUAAAUUAUGUUUCAUACCUAAAUAUUUGAUGAUAAAUGAAAGUCCUGUUUCCCCUGAAUAAAAUGAUAUAUAAUAUAUGUGGGUGCACUUUAUGAAAGAGGUGAAUUACGCCUGAACAGACAAAUAGCACAAAUUCCUUUAAGGGGUUAAGAAAGUUCAGUAAGUGAAUGAAACAUGUAGAUGAUUAGGGCACUACACUCCCUUGCUUGGUUUUUGUAUAUGGGACUCUCAUUUAUCUUCAGCGAGGUUUUGUCUUUUUAUUUUUGUCUUUUUUUAAUUUUUUUUUUUCUACGUAGAGGGUAUCUACUUGUGGCUUGUGGGGCUGCUUAUCAGAAAGUUUGUGGUCAGGGGAAUUUUUUGGGACUGGUUUGAGGACUUUUGAUGGAUAUCUAGGUUCUUCUGAACUACGGUUUUGGAUCUGCAUUGAUAGUUUGUGGUUUUACUGUGGUGAUUAUUUCCUGUGCAUAUCAUCUACUCAGUUUGAGACCUUUUCAAUUACAUCAGAUUUCUAUUUCUUGCCUUAUAUGACUGUUUUUAUAAACUACAAGUGUAACCAGGAGGGUGAUAUUUUAUAUAUUUUGAUUUUUUUUUUGGUAAUAAAUGUAUUUAUAGUGCUACUCUGAUACUUGUAUAAAAAUAUUUUUAUUGUAUUUAUUUCUUUUUGCAGUUUUUUUCAUUUUCAAGUCCCACAUGUAAAAGGUAAUAUUAUACGUCUGCCAUCUAAAAAGAAGAUCGUUGCGUGUAAAUACCAUUGAGUAUGGCAGAAGAUAGUAGGAGAGUGGAGGAGGAUGAUAUUGGUCCAGGAGCUGUCUUUCAGACAUUUGUGCUUAUGGAGGACUUAUUUGACAAACUGAAAUUGCUUAACUAUGAAGAGGAGGUUUUGAUGAAGCACAACAUUAAGCCAGUCUCCAGGUAAGGGGAAAAAUGCUAAUGACUCAUAUUGCUGUCCAAACUAUUGUAUGUGAUGAGCCAAGUUACCACACCAAUAACAUAUAUUUUAAUCCAAAUUGUUAAGAUUCACUGACCAUCAUCCUUAGACGGGGAUUAUACCAUCCACGCUUUCAACAGCAGAGCUCUAUAUAGCUCUGGUGUAACAUAUUCCUCCUCACAUUGCGGUAUUUGCACCCAGCGGCCGAGCUUCUGUACAAAUGACACUUGCAACAUGUUAAUGGACACCGGCUGCUUCAGAUCCACGCCAAAUUAUACCCCCACGUCCGCCCACGUUAAUGACGACAUCAGCGUGACAUCACGCGGGAGACGCACGCGCACGUUUUGGGGUCAAAGACCUUUCUCGGCCAAUCAGAAAUGUAAAGCAGUUAUUUAAGCUCAAAAUUACUUUUUCUCAUUGCCCUGUUGUGCUUUCCCUAGUGGUUGUCCAAGAGUGUGUUCCUCAGUGUUUAUUUUCUGUUUUUUUACUUUGGCCUCAUUUGACUUCCCUGUAUUCUGGUAUCCUUGACUUUUGGCUUUCCCUUAUUGUUGUAUCUCGUUCUGUGUCCCCUGACCUCUGCAAGUACCCUGACUAUUCUUUGAUGCAUUAAAUCCAGCCAUUCUAAGGCCCGGUAAUACGUUACCUAUUAGUCCUCUGUGUGACACAAUUCUACGUGCUGGAUCAACUAGUAAUCCAGACAUCUGGAAAUUGUGAGUGUGCUUUCAUCAAUUUCACUACUUCACAAUUUAAAAACAUAUUGCACUUAUAUUGUUUGCUUUCUCUCCUUUUGAGAGAUCCAUCUACUAACAAGGUCUUGUUAAACAUAUGUAUGUACACUCAUUUCCUGCUUUACGUACUCCCGCCUUUAUAAACGCUCCACGGACCCGCUGCCAUUUUAUUUUGCCGACAUUUUGUGCUGGUGGCGCUCCGUGGAUGCAAACCGAGGAGCAGAGUUUGUGGCCAGGAGAGGAGAAAGGUGAGUAACAAUGAUGAUGAUCGGUAGGAGGGGAGUGCUGUGCUGAGCUGCUCCCCUCCUGCCGCUGUUGUAGUGUGGCUGAGCGGACUGCAGUCUGCCAGGAAGUGCUCACUGAGAGAGCACUUCCUGGCAGACCGGGUACUGUACCAUGGUGAUCAGUUACAGGACGGGAAGGGGGAUAGACACCUGAAAGUAAGGGAUGGAGGAGAGGCACAUGGACAAGUACAGAAGUGGAGGAGCGAGAGGCACCUUGGCAGGUAUAGGAAGGAAGGGGGGAGAGACAAAUGGGCAGGCACAGGAGGGAAGGGAGGAUAGACACAUGGAUUGGGCUAGGAGGGGAAAUGGGACAUGUGGAUGGGGCUGGGAGGGGGAAUGGGACACAUGGAGAGACACAUUGACAGGUACAAUAGGGGAGGGAGGAUAGACACAUGGAUUGGGCUAGGAGGGGAAAUGGGACAUGUGGAUGGGGCUGGGAGGGGGAAUGGGACACAUGGAGAGGUUUGGGGGGGGGGCUGGGAGGGGUCAAUGAGACACUGAGAGGGGGAAGCAGACACCUGGAAGGGAUUGGAGGGGGUAAUAAGACACUGGGAAUGAGACACAUGGAGCGUCUUAAACGAACCAGAAACAAGUGCAGUUCUACAUUCAACAAGUGCAACAUGUGGUUGAAGAGGAAGAUAAGUGAUGAAGUUUUCAAUAUGGGAUGUCUUCUUUUAAUGUUCUUACAACAUAUAUGUAUUUGCUAUGCUUUCACCUUGUAUUUGUACUUCAUAAUUAAGGUUUUCAAUGGAAACAUUUGUUGGUCAGGCACGGAACCCAUGUUUAUUACAUUGCGGUCUAUGGGAAUUUAGUUCUCACUUUAUGAACUAGGCUACGGAACCAAUUCAUUUGGAAAGUCGGGAACUACCUGUAUACAUUUUCAUAUCUGUGUGAUCUCACCAGUUGAUUCAUUGAUUGUAGGCGCGGAUUAUCUAAUUUCUUUGUUUCAUUUUUGUCGUCACCAGGUUGGGGAAAUCAUGUGUGAUAAUCUGCAGCCCCUUUCCUGUCUCUUGAGUACAUAGUGAGCACCUAUACUCUGUUGUUGUUCACUGACCAUAUCUGUUGGAUUUUGCUUGUAUGAAAUAUUGCAAAUAUGUGGUAUUUAAAGGGACGUUAUAGGUAGCUCAUUGAAGUGGUCUGGGUGCAGUGACCCUAUUGCACGUAGUGCUGCAAUGUAAAACAGUUCCCGAGUUCCCUCAUUGAGGAUAGUCGGAGGAGGUGGAGCGGCGAUCUAGCGCCAAAGGACAUUGGCGCUGGGAUAAGGUAAGUAAUUUUUUAAAUUUAUUUUUUAACCCUUUAUUCAUUGGGGGAGGCAGAGGGGCUAUAGUGCCAGUACAGCUUUGUAUUCCUGGCACUUACAUUAUGCCUUUAAAGGGACACUCCAGGCAUCCAGGUCACUUCUGCCCAUUGGAGUGGUCUGGGUGCCAACUCCCACCACCCUUAACCCUGCAAGUGUAAUUAUUGCAGUUUUUAUAAACUGCUAUAAUUACCUUGCAGGGUUAAAUCCUUCUCUAGUGGCUGUCUAUCUAUCAAAAAUGUGUUUUAAACGAUGCUGGAUGUCCUCACACUGUGCAUGAGGGCCUCCAGCAUCGCCGGAAUCCCCAUAGGAAGCAUUGAAUAUAAAUGUAAAAACCCUUUAUUUACUUACCUGAACCCUCGGCACUGGGUCAAAGCUCCGCCCACUGAUCUGUCCCGCACGCGCAUUAGACCUCUCCAAAGGAAAGCAGUGAAUCAAUGCUUUCCUAUGGAGACAAAUCUGAUGCUGAAGGUCCUCAUGCAGAGCGUGAGGAUGUUCAGUGUUAGAUAACUGACCGAAAGUCUGUUACGAUUCCAGAAGCGCCCCCCCCCCCAGUGGCUGUCUGAUAGACAGCCACUGAGGGCAGACUUAGUGCUGCAAUGUAAACAUUGAACUUCUUUGGUGCAGAAGGGACACAGCACCCAGACCACUUCAAUGAGCUGAAGUGGUCUGGGUGCCUACAGUGUCCCUUUAACAAUUCUGUAUGACCAAUGUAAAAUUGAGUACAUAUUCCUUUCAUUGCUCAUUCUACUGGUUGAUUUGUAAAAUAAUGUGAAUGCAGACAUUUGUUGUUCUUCUGAGUCCAACAUAGCAUAGAGGUUUGUCCUUAUUUAAUAUAUAAAUGCAUAAACAGAAAAAAAAUGUGCCUUUCAUGUAUAUUGAGUUUUGUCUAAGAUUUUAUAUUUGGUUGUGCUGCUAGAUAUUCAUAUGAUGUGUGGAAUGAACAACCCUUGUUCUACAACACUAUCCGGGUUGUUCACUAAAUAGGGAAUUCACAUUUUAGGACACAAUAUUAAAACUCGAAAAUUCUGUAAUUUAGCGAUUUGUAUUUUUGUUUAUUUUAUUUAUUUUUUCCUUUUUGGCUAUUUUGACCUAAAAUGUAAAAUUCUCCAAUCAAUUCCCAGAUUGGAUAACCAUUCACAUUUGAAUGAGCUUGUUUUAUGUAACAAUUUUUUUUUUUUUUUAUCCCAGUAAGCCCAGUUUAUACAAUUUUUGUUCUUUUCCGAUGGGUUUUUGAAUAUAAAUCUACUACAUUUUAUAUAUUGUUUUCAAAGGAGUAAUUUCUUAUUGUAAAUUUCUUUUCCAGUCUUUUCUAGAUAAGUGUUGCGUAUGGGUUAGCUAGCUGCUCUUUAGCUAUCUUGACAGAGAUAAUUAAUUUAAUUAGUCAAAUGAAUCUUGAGCUGUAAAUGCGCCUUACCCCCUAAUUCUUUUGAAAAGACCAGUCAGGAAAAGGAAAUUGCAGUAAGUAUGGAAUACUAACUACGGCAGCAUCACUUAUGGGUAAUACCCUAGCGCCAUUUUGUUUUCUGCUGCCAAUGGUGUCUGCUGUUUGCCCUUCUGAUGGAUUGUGGGUGAAUUUGAUUGGCAACUGAUACACUACUUUGCUUAAGUUUUGCAACUUGACUGCUAUACAUGGGAAAAAUAUUCCUUUUUCUUUCCUUAGGUAUGUUAUGAAAACAAGGGCACUAAGAGUCAAACACAGAGAGCUAUAUAGAAGCAGAUUAGAUUAAGUUUAUUUUUGGGAACUUGGUUUAACAAGGCUAAUUUAUAAAUGUGCCAAUUUCUGUAGAAAUUUACAAUUUGUCCUUUUACUUCCUGGUAGAUUAUCUCAGUGGAGCUAAACUCAAGAGGCAAAGAAUAGUAACAAAUGACCGUGCAACUAUACAUACAAUGUUUCAAUAUAUUCACCUCUCAAAUACCUAUAUUCAUACACACCUAGCCAUAAAUGUGCAUUACAAUUCAAACACCUUAUUGCUAUUUAAUAAAGAGAACAGUGACUACAGGACUGGAAACACUCCACUCCUGGAGUCAAAGAAGGACUAAAUGGGCAGCAUAGAAGGGCAUAACCCAACAGAAACGCUAAUAGAAAAGUUCCCAAAGAUAAGGGUGUAUGGAGAGAAGGACCAACGUCUAUCUCCCACAAUACACUCAACUAAGGGUAUGCCCACUAAGAGGGUAUAUAACGUCCCCUCAUUAACAAAAGUGAAUAAAGUACAAAAUAAAAAAUACUUUAUUGAAAAAUGAUGUACAGAUUAGAUAAAAAAACAUGGGGUCCGGGAUGGGGGGAUGGCUCAUAGUCCAUGAGAUUAUAAUGAUACAUAAAGGAGGCAGCCAGGCAGAUAUAAAUCACUGUAUGGUGAUACUAUAAGCCAAUAGGUAAAUGGGAGCUUGUGUGUUCACAGUAGCAUGUCAUACUGAAGUAUCUGUGAUAUGGCACAUUUCAGGGAGCUCCAUGAUGAGCAAAAAUUAUCUGCACAAAGUGUGAUCAAACUCCUAUUAUGGGGAUAACAUCCAAUAAAUAGGGUGUAAUUCCCUGGAGUUGUAAACCCAUUAAUUAAAUGGUAAAGAAAUCGAGUGGGAAAAGUGCUGACUACAACAGUGAGGUAGACUGGAAUCGAAAGUGUAUAUUCUAAGUAAAGAGAAAUAGAAUCCGAAAGGAAUUCCUCUUAUAUAUGGUGAUACCCAGAUACCUCAAUUCCUCUGGUUAGAGGUCAGCCCCACAGUUCAAAAAAUGGUGAGCUGCUUGCAAGUACAGAUCAAAUAGCAGUAUUAGAAAUAUAUUGCUAAUUUGUAACGGAAUGUUAUCAGGUUUUUAAACAUAGUUCUAUGUGCCUUAAGAUUAUUGCUUCAGAGAAAAGGUGUACAAUGUUGCACUAGGAUAGAGCUAAUUAUACACAGAGUAUGGCUCCAAAGUCUGCCCCUGCUUCCUAGAUAGAAAACGACUCUCAGCCGACAGGCACAUCAACCCCACAUACCCAGCCCCAUGCUGCCCAAAACGAAAAAUAAAAAAUAAUAAUUAAAUAAAUAAAAAAUAGUGACCGUAUAGGUAACAGAUAUAAAGAGUAUAUCUAACUAUCUAUAUUGAGCUGCUCACUCGAAAUGUAUGCCUAUAUCUAAAGUCAGACGGCAAAGUGAAAAGUGGCUGACUGGACUAGGCUUAUCGAUCGUUAUAUAUUUCUAAUACUGCUAUUUGAUCUGUACUUGCAAGCAGCUCACCAUUUUUUGAACUGUGGGGCUGACCUCUAACCAGAGGAAUUGAGGUAUCUGGGUAUCACCAUAUAUAAGAGGAAUUCCUUUCGGAUUCUAUUUCUCUUUACUUAGAAUAUACACUUUCGAUUCCAGUCUACCUCACUGUUGUAGUCAGCACUUUUCCCACUCGAUUUCUUUACCAUUUAAUUAAUGGGUUUACAACUCCAGGGAAUUACACCCUAUUUAUUGGAUGUUAUCCCCAUAAUAGGAGUUUGAUCACACUUUGUGCAGAUAAUUUUUGCUCAUCAAGGAGCUCCCUGAAAUGUGCCAUAUCACAGAUACUUCAGUAUGACAUGCUACUGUGAACACACAAGCUCCCAUUUACCUAUUGGCUUAUAGUAUCACCAUACAGUGAUUUAUAUCUGCCUGGCUGCCUCCUUUAUGUAUCAUUAUAAUCUCAUGGACUAUGAGCCAUCCCCCCAUCCCGGACCCCAUGUUUUUUAUCUAAUCUCCACAUCAUUUUUCAAUGAAGUAUUUUUUAUUUUGUACUCUAUUCACUUUUGUUAAUGAGGGGACGUUAUAUACCCUCUUAGUGGGCAUACCCUUAGUUGAGUGUAUUGUGGGAGAUAGACGUUGGUCCUUCUCUCCAUACACCCUUAUCUUUGGGAACUUUUCUAUUAUUAUUGCUAUUUAAACUAUCAGAUUCUUAAUUUUGAAGUCCAUCCAGUAGCUUUCAUUUAGUCAACCCACAAUUAAGGGCUUAUACUCUCCCUGACAAGCUAAUGGGAAAACCUUGAUUGUGCAGUAUAUCUACUUAACAGUGAGAACACAAGUGAGUUUACACCUGCUCUCAGGACAAUUAUAUAAAAAUAAUUAAGCUACUCUUUUGAUUGCUUCAACAUCUGUAACAGACAGCUCAAAUUGUGUAGUAUGUCUCUGCAAAGCUCCGCCGCAUCUCAGUGGACAUGCACUCUGUUAAAAUGCUGAUGCACAGGCGCUUUCCUAAUAAAACACUUACAUAAUAAAUGUUUUCCCCUGGUAACUUUGCUAUAAUCCAGAGAGUCCCACAAACUCCAAACUGUCUCUCACCAUCCAUUGUUACCCAGUAUACCGGGUAUCUCAGUCUUUGGUUACUAUGCCAGGUUUUGCCUACUUCCGGGCUUCAUCAUUUUUGUUUCUGUUUAUGCAGCCCUAGCCAUCCCUCCCUUGUCUGUGAUUGACUCAGCCUGCAUGAAAAAGGUGUUUUCAUUUUCAGUCAGAUCACAGCAUAGUCCUUUUACUUUAAAAGCUCCUAUCUCCUGCUGUGUUAACUCGCAUGCAUGAGGCUCCUGCAGGUUCUAGCCGGCAAUGGCCAGAGCAGGAAAUAAGACAUUCUAAAAUAAAGACACUGUACAACAGAGGAAUAUGAAAAAACUAGAUCUGUCUUACAAUGAAGUGUAAGUACACAGCAAGGAUAUGUGUGGCUAGGGCUACAUAAACAAAGUGAUUUAACCUCUAAAGGGAAGAUAGGUUAGUCUGCAAGGGCAUGAGCUAUACACCAAAACUAAAAAAUUAAGCUUAAGUUGAUUUGGUGCAUAGUGUCUCUUUAAGAUAACCCUUUCCUUGCUACCAGGCAUUUGCUGCCACAGUCCAUAAUGUCUGUGGCAAUUUAUUUCAUUCAGUAAGAAAUGUGUUUUUGUAUAACAAAAGAUUAAAUCCUACAAUGUUUAAAAUAUCUGUUUUGACUUUCUUUUUGUUUGUGUUUAGGCACUAUUUUGCUUUACCAACAAAUUCAGGGGAGCAGUUCUACAUGUUUUGCACUAUCGCAGCUUGGCUAAUAAACAAAGCUGGACGACGCAUCGAACAACCACAGGAAUAUGAUGACCCCAACUCCACAAUAUCUAAAAUUCUUUCAGAAUCCCGAUCAUUUGUAUGUAUUUAGUGGGAGGAAAUGUCUCAUUACUUGUAUAAUGAUUUUGCUUGACUCUGUGUUAUAUAACCUCUUCUCUUUCAGGGUAUCAAUGCAGAUUUCCCACCUUCCAAGUUAAAAGCAGGCUAUGGAGGAGAAGUAUGCUACAUUCUUGAUUCCUUAGCGGAAGAGGUGUUAAAAAAUACUGGAUUUACUUGGAAGAGGUGAUUUUUAUUAAUAUAUAUAUAUAUAUUUUUUUUUAAUUCAUGGUUAAUUUUUGCAGUUCCAAAUAUACAAAUAUUUGCAAUGUAAAUCUCUUUGAAUUUUGACUAAAAGUUCAUGUAAUUUAACUUGAGACUAAAUUUUUUUUGGUUGUUGGUUGUUUUACUUUUACUGCUAUUGAAAAUAUAAAACUUAAAGCAGCUCUGUAACUUUUCAAUAUUUCAUAAAGAUGCAUUCUUGAUCUGUAUUUCAUAAAGAUACAAUCUUCAUGAAAUGCUGAUCUUUAUUAAAUACUGAUCAAUCCUGCAUUGGGCAUUGAAUGCAGAGUGUGUGUGUAGUGUGUGUAAAGUGAAUGCAGAGUGUGUGUAGUGUGUGUAAAGUGAAUGCAGAGUGUGUGUAGUGUGUGUGUGUGUGUGUAUAUAUAUAAUGCAGUGUGUUUGUGUAGUGUGCAUUAUAUACACACACUGCAUUCACUAUACAGACACUACACAAACACACACACUGCAUUAUAUACAGUGUGUUUGUGUAGUGUGUUUAUAUAAUACAGUUUGUGUAGUGUGUUUGUGUAUAUAAUGCAGUGUGUGUGUAUGUCUGUGUUUCUGUAGGUAUGUAAUUUGGGGGGAGGGGGCAUUUUUUAUUUACAUUUAAAAAAAAUAUAUAAAAAUAUAUAUAUAUUUUUUUUUUAGUCCCCCCUCCCUGCUUCUUACUUGACCAGGGAGGGGGGAUACAGCAUUCCCUGGUGGUCCAGUGACAUGGAAAGCACAGAGGGGGCCCACAUCAAGCGAUUACUUACCUUCCCAGCAGCUCCCUUGUGUAAUUCUCGCGGCCAGCGUGCCGUGCUGCCACGGUAACCCGUGGCACCGCUCUGACGGAUGCGGGACUCGCAAGAUUUACACAGGGAGCUGAAGGGAGCUGCUGGGAAGGUAAGUAAGCACUUGCUGCGGGCCCCCCCAGGACCGCCGGCCUUGUAAUGGGCCUGGCGGUCCUGUUAUGUAUUAUCUGCAAUAUCGCUCUCUCUAUAGGCCGAUACAGAUUAUUGCCAAAAAUACAUCAUAUCGGCCGAUAAUAUUGGCCAGACCGAUAAUCGGUCGAUCCCUAUUCCAAACAUUCGUUAAGGCGAAGUAGGGACUACCGCUGUCAUCUUUUGUACAAUCCCAGCAGCUGGCACAGUUAACAUCUGUGGGAUUCAGACAUUGAUCUAUGGAGGAGCCUGCAAUGUUGCGGGAUGCUCUAUAGACCUCAGUGAUUUACACUCGUGGCUCCUGACAAAUGAAGCCAAGAGCUGUGAGGAGGAUGCACAGAGCAAAGAUGCCAGCGGCUUCAUAAGACAGCUUCGGGUAAGUACAGUUACUUUCCCCCUGCACCUCGUGGCUAAAGAGAUGUUUGUUUAUUUUGUGAUAGAUUCACUUUAAAAAGGAAUUUGGACUCUUCUAUAAUUAACACUAUUGAACAUGAGAUCUUUGUUGGUCAGGGCAAAUAUUACAAAUAAGCAGGAGAAAUAGAAACAUUGUUUCAUAUCUCCUUUUCUCUGUAUGCUCUCUAUGCAGACGUGUGUGUGUGUGUGUGUGUAUAUAUAUAUGUAUAUAUAUAUAUAUAUAUAUAUAUAUAUAUAUAUAUAUAUGUAUGUAUGUAUGUAUGUAUGUAUGUAUAUGUAUAUAUGUAUGUAUAUGUGUGUGUGUGUGUAUAUAUAUAUAUAUAUAUACAUAUAUAUAUAUAUAUAUAUAUAUAUAUAUAUAUAUAUAUAUAUAUAUAUAUAUAUAUAUAUAUAUAUCUCUCUAUUGAAACAUUCUCUUUCUUAUAUAUGUCAUAUAUAUGUAAAAACAGGCAGAAAUUACUUAUCUUGUAAUACCUUUUUGUGGAAUUUAUAAAUUUUUUUAUUGGCAAACUUUAAAGGAGAACCUUUUCUCCAGUCACAAAUUUCACAAACGAAAACGACACACUUAGAAUUCCAAAGUUGAGUUUGUGAUGCAGAGGUUUUAAAACGCGACGUAGAAUUUGCAGUAGUUUGUUUAGAAAAAUAAGGUACCAUCAUAGCUUAGAGGUCCUUAAAUAUCUUAAUUUAGAAGAGCAGAGGUGAGGAGAAAGGGAAAAGAAAAAACAAACAAGCAGACAGUGCACAGGAUGGUACACUUUAUACAUGCACACACACAUAAAUAUGUAUAUGUGAACGCAUAAACACAUGUACAUAUACAUAUACAUAAACACAUAUACAUACAUGCACAUGAACUCAUAUACACAAAUAUAAAUGCACAGUAAAUAUAUAAGCAUUCAUGCAUAUGAGUAUGGGAAAGCAUAGGUCUACACAUAGUACUUUGUAUAUAGAUAGAAUAAACAUAUAGGAAUGCAUUUUAAAGUGUUGGUACAUAUGACAGAAUAGUAAGAUAAUGCUGGAAGAGUGUUCAUGUAAAGUAUUGGUAGUGGGACAGGAAUCCCAAAUCAAUAUUUAGUCCUCUAUUCUUGCUGUUAAACCAUUUAAUCAUUCUGGCUUCAAAGGCUUUUCUUUCCUGGGUAUUUUUAAAACCCCCUUUCAGUACUUUGAUUUUUAGGUCCUUCAAUGAGUGGCCAGGCUGGGUAAAGUGGUGUCCCACAGGAGUGCAGUAUGAUUCUUCGUUGUGGUGUUAAACCAAAGACUAUUACCAAACAAAUCAACUCUGCUGUAAAAACACCACGGACGCGCCUGCUACAGUAUAGAGAGAAAAAAAUAUCCACACGAGUGCCACUUGUGGUCACCUACAACCCAGCUCUUGAGGAAAUACGGAAAAUCAUCAAAGACCUACAAACAAUAUUAACAGAAGAUGAGACUCUGAAAAUCAUUUUCCCUGAUACACCCAUUUUGGCCUUCAGACAACCACCAAACCUCCAUCAAAAAUUAAUCAACAGGAAGCUGCCCACUGAUGGUAAGAAUGAAGAAAACGGGACUAGUCAAUGCAAAAAGCCUUGCUGCAAACUGUGUCAGCACCUAUGCACAGACAACACAGCCACACACAACAAUAAAACCUACAGCAUUAAAGGUCCAUACUCCUGCACAUCCAGCAAUGUGGUAUACAUGAUUCAAUGCAUAAAAUGCCACCUAGGAUACUACAUUGGGGAAACCACCCAGCCAUUAAAUGGCAGAAUGAAUAUGCACAGACACUCUAUUAAACACCACAAAGAAGAAUCAUACUGCACUCCUGUGGGACACCACUUUACCCAGCCUGGCCACUCACUGAAGGACUUAAAAAUCAAAGUACUGAUAAAAAUACCCAGGAAAGAAAAGCAUUUGAAGCCAGAAUGAUUAAAUGGUUUAACAGCAAGAAUAGAGGACUAAAUAUUGAUUUGGGAUUCCUGUCCCACUACCAACACUUUACAUGAACACUCUCCCAGCAUUAUCUUACUAUUCUGUCAUAUGUACCAACACUUUAAAAUGCAUUCCUAUAUGUUUAUUCUAUCUAUAUACAAAGUACUAUGUGUAGACCUAUGCUUUCCCAUACCUGUAUGCAUGAAUGCUUAUAUAUAUUACUGUGCAUUUAUAUUUGUGUAUAUGAGUUCAUGUGCAUGUAUGUAUAUGUGUUUAUGUAUAUGUACAUGUGUUUAUGCGUUCACAUAUACAUAUUUAUGUGUGUGUGCAUGUAUAAAGUGUACCAUCCUGUGCACUGUCUGCUUGUUUGUUUUUCUUUUCCCUCUCUCCUCCCUCACUCUGCUCUUCAACAAGAUAUUUAUGACCCUCUGCUAAGAUGGGGGUCUAUUUUCUAACAAACCUGUGUCUUAUCUACACUCAUGUCGCUUUAACCCUUGUAUCACAACUCAACUUUGAAUGUGUCAUUUUGCUCAGAAAUGCUUCAGACUUGAGAAAGGGAGGUUCUCCCGAAAGCUUGUCAUUAAAAAAUUCUGUUAGUCCAAUAAAAAAGGUAUUACAAGGUAAGAAUUUUAUCUGUUUUUCACGUCUACAUCACUGGACUAAUACAGCUACAAUCUCUACUUGAACACUAUAUAUAUAUAUAUAUAUAUAUAUAUAUAUAUAUAUAUAUAUAUAUAUAUAUAUAUAUAUAUAUAUGUAUAUGUGUAUAUAUAUAUAUAUAUAUAUAAAAAAAAAAAUUUACUAGGGAAAAGGAUAGUAGAGAAGCCCAGUUGCAGAAUUAAAAGGUGUGUAUUUCUAAAUGUAAUUUAAUUCAAGUCUCACAAAUCACUAAUAAUUGUUAAAUACAGGGAGGUAAACAUAAUAUUAACCUGGGAAGUGACAAUUCCCUGUUAAACAAGUGUCUUAUAAAUAUUUUUUAUAUUUGUGAUACAGAUUUGCUACAGUUCCAUAAGCAUACAGAAAUAUGUCCCCUUUUGGUUCUGCAACUAUUGUUGGGAAUGGAAUAUAUAUAUAUAUAUAUAUAUAUAUAUAUAUAUAUAUAUAUAUACAUACAUACACAGUUGCAAGAAAAAGUAUGUGAACCCUUUGGAAUGAUAUGGAUUUCUGCACAAAUUGGUCAUAAAAUGUGAUCUGAUCAUCAUCUAAGUCACAAAAAUAGACAAUCACAGUCUGCUUAAACUAAUAACACACAAAGAAUGAAAUGUUGCCAUGUUUUAUUGAACACACCAUGUAAACAUUCACAGUGCAGGUGGAAAAAGUAUGUGAACCCCUAGACUAAUGACAUCUCCAAGAGCUAAUUGGAGUGAGAUGUCAGCCAACUGGAGUCCAAUCAAUGAGAUGAGAUUGGAGAUGUUGGUUACAGCUGCCCUGCCCUAUAAAAAACACACACCAGUUCUGGGUUUGCUUUUCAUAAGAAGCAUUGCCUGAUGUGAAUGAUGCCUCGCACAAAAGAGCUCUCAGAAGACCUACGAUUAAUAAUUGUUGACUUGCAUAAAGCUGGAAAGGGUUAUAAAAGUAUCUCCAAAAGCCUUGCUGUUCAUCAGUCCACGGUAAGACAAAUUGUCUAUAAAUGGAGAAAAUUCAGCACUGCUGCUACUCUCCCUAGGAGUGGCCGUCCUGUAAAGAUGGCUGCAAGAGCACAGCGCAGACUGCUCAAUGAGGUGAAGAAGAAUCCUAGAGUGUCAGCUAAAGACUUACAAAAGUCACUGGCAAAUGCUAACAUCCCUGUUAGCGAAUCUACAAUACGUAAAACACUAAACAAGAAUGGAUUUCAUGGGAGGAUACCACUGCUGUCCAAACAAAACAUUGCUGCACAUAUACAGUUUGCACAAGAGCACAUGGAUGUUCCACAGCAGUAUUGGCAAAAUAUUCUGUGGACAGAUGAAACCAAAGUUGAGUUGUUUUUGAAGAAACACACAACACUAUGUGUGGUGGAAAAAAAGGCACAGCACACCAACAUCAAAACCUCAUCCCAACUGUGAAGUAUGGUGGUGGGGGGCAUCAUGGUUUGGGGCUGCUUUGCUGCAUCAGGGCCUGGACAGAUUGCUAUCAUCAAAGGAAAAAUGAAUUCCCAACUUUAUCAAGACAUUUUGCAGGAGCACUUAAGGCCAGCUGAAGCUCAGCAGAAGAUGGGUGUUGCAACGGGACAAUGACCCAAAGCAUAGAAGUAAAUCAACAACAGAAUGGCUUAAACAGAAGAAAAUACGCCUUCUGAAGGGGCCCAGUCAGAGUCCUGACCUCAACCCGAUUGAGAUGCUGUGGCAUGACCUCAAGAAAGCGAAUCACACCAGACAUCCCAAGAAUAUUGCUGAACUGAAACAGUUCUGUAAAGAGGAAUGGUCAAGAAUUACUCCUGACCAUUGUGCACGUCUGAUCUGCAACUAAAGGAAACGUUUGGUUGAAGUUAUUGCUGCCAAAGGAGGUUCAACCAGUUAUUAAAUCCAAGGGUUCACAUACUUUUUCCACCUGCACUGUGAGUGUAGACAUGGUGUGUUCAAUAAAAACAUGGCAACAUUUCAAUCUUUGUGUGUUAUUAUUUUAAGCAGACUGUGAUUGUCUAUUCUUGUGACUUAGAUGAUGAUCAGAUCACAUUUUAUGACCAAUUUGUGCAGAAAUCCAUAUCAUUCCAAAGGGUUCACAUACUUUUUCUUGCAACUGUAUAUAUGCUACUCACUAUAUUCACUACAUAGUUACGUAGUUACAUAGUUACAUAGCUGAAAAGAGACUUGCGUCCAUCAAGUUCAGCCUUCCUCAGAAAUGUUGUUGCUGUUGAUCCAAAAGAAGGCAAAAAACCUGGUCUGAAGCACUUCCAAUUUUGCCACAAACUAGGAAAAAAUUCCUUCUUGACCCCAAAAUAGCAGUCAGAUGUCUCCUUGGAUCAAUCAGCUAUUACCCCACUAAUUAGAAAUUAUAUCCCUGUAUGUUAUGUUUUUGUAAGUAUUUAUCCAAUUUCAGUUUAAACAUCUGUAUGGACUCUGACAAAACCACCUCUUCAGGCAGAGAAUUCCAUAUCCUUAUUGUUCUUACUGUAAAAAAACCUUUUCUUUGCCUUAGAUGAAAUCUCCUUUCUUCCAGCCUAAAUGUGUGACCUCGUGUCCUAUGUAUAACCCUGUUUAUGAAUAGAUUUCCAGAUAAAGGUUUGUACUGGCCCCGAAUAUAUUUGUAUAAAGUUAUCAUAUCCCCUCUCAGGCGCCGUUUUUCCAAACGAAACAGAUUUAAUUUUUGUAACCUUUCUUCAUAACUAAAAUGCUCCAUUCCUUUUAUCAAUUUUGUAGCUCGUCUCUGGACCCUCUCCAGUGCCAUGAUAUCCUUCUUUAGAACAGGCGCCCAAAAUUGCACAGCAUAUUCAAGGUGUGGUCUUACCAGCGAUUUAUAAAGAGGCAAAAUUAUAUUUUCAUCCCGAGAAUUUAUGCCCCUAUUUAUACAUGACAAAAUCUUACUGGCCUUAGCAACUGCAGAUUGACAUUGCAUAUUGCUGCCUAAUUUGUUGUCUAUAACAAUGCCCAAAUCCUUCUCGUGUGUGGUUAUCCCUAAUUCACUACCAUUUAGUGUGUAAGUUGCUUGUGCAUUCUUAACCCCGAAGUGCAUAACUUUGCAUUUCUCUAUGUUAAAUUUCAUCUGCCAUUUUAGUGCCCAGUCCCCCAAUCUAUCCAAAUCUCUCUGCAACAAAGCAAUAUCCUGCUCACAUUUUAUUACUUUACAAAGUUUUGUGUCAUCUGCAAACACUGAUACAUGGCUUUCAAUGCCUAUUUCAAGAUCAUUUAUAAAUAUGUUAAAUAGAAGUGGUCCCAAAACAGAACCCUGAGGGACACCACUUACCACUUUUGUCCAGCCUGAAAAUUUACCAUUAAUUACAACUCGUUGUACUCUGUCCUUAAGCCAAUGUUCUACCCAAGAACAGGAAUAUUCAUCUAGACCAAUUUCUUUUAGUUUGAAGACUAACCUAUUGUGAGGAACCGUAUCAAAUGCCUUGGCAAAGUCCAAGUAGAUCACAUCCACUGCAACACCCUGAUCUAUACUUCUACUUACUUCUUCGUAGAAUGCAAUUAGGUUAGUUUGACAUGACCUAUGUUUCAUAAAACCAUGCUGAUUAUUGCUAAUAACAAAGUUCUUCCCAAUGAAUUCCUGAAUAUUAUCCCUUAAUAGCCCUUCAAAUAUUUUCCCAGUUACUGAAGUUAAGCUCACAGGUCUAUAAUUUCCAGGCAAGGAUUUUGAACCCUUUUUAAAUAUAGGAACAACAUCUGCCUUCCUCCAAUCCUCCGGUACAACACCUGAAACAAAAGAAAACUGUUUACUAUAUAUUUUUAUUGCUCUAUGUGGCAAACCUAGCCACUUGGACAAUACAGAGAAACUAUGGCUUUAAGGGUUGCCUGUGUAGUUCUUGUAAUGUUAUAUGUUCCUGAGUGUAAUGUACUGUGACCGUAUGCUUGCAUUGCCUGUAUGGGCUAUCUGCCGAAAGCUGAACCGAAUGAACUAUCCUGCAAUAGCCCACACACUGUGGCGCUUGUUAACCGAUUGCAACAAUGUUGCAAUCGGUAAUUAGAGGCUCUCCUAGGUGGCCGUCGUUCGACUACCGACCACGCGGCGGUCGGCCAUCUUGGAUCCUUUGUUCCUCCAGCGGGGUUUGGUCGUCGAGCGCAUGGUACUAAAAACGGCUACUCGACGGUGCGAACACCGCUGGACUUCCAGGCCGUUCGGGAGUUCCGGGCCGUUCAGUAUUUUAUUCCCCGUAUGCCAAUCGGUCUUUUGAAUGUAUGUUUUGAUGAAUAUGUUUUUCGUGCGGUGUUCGGUUGUUUUAGCUGGGAUCUGAGCGGUAAUCUCACGAAUUAUGCGCUCAGACCCCAGCUAUCUACCGAACGUCCAUUCGUGCAAAUCAACCCAAUAUUCGAAAAGUUAUGCAUUUUAAUAUAAAUUGCCGGUUCUGCUGCACGGAGGGAUAAUCCACUUAACAGUACAUUCCAGUGGGAGUAUCCCUCUCGUGCAGCAGUGCCUGAUGGGAGAAAUGCCCAAAAUAUGAAGUCCCCCAUGUAGUCCCCUACUGUGUUACCCCUGCUAAGGCAGUAUGGAAACCCCUUGCAUGGGGACUUGUAUAAACACUGGAGCUGCAAAUAAAGACCUUUGUUGACUCCCAGAACUGUGUUUCGUCCGGUUACUGGGGGAUUUGGGAUAUUGCCUUGCUUUUCAGCGCUUGACUGUGGAUUACCUUCUUAACCAGCGGACAUCGUGGGAUUUAAUAUUGCCGCUCCGCUACACUCUAAAUACAAUAUAGAUAGCAAAACAUUAUGCAAGUAGACAAUAUAUUAAAUGGCUGCAGAGGCUGCAAAUUCUAGUCUCAUUAUGGCCUCUUGUCUGCUUUCUCUAUAGCCCACUUUUAAAAUUAAUUUGUGAUGGGGCUUUUUGUAUUUUAUUUUGGUUGUUUUGUUUUGUUUGGAUCAGGCCCACAUACCCGUCAGAAGAACAAGGUGAAGAGACAAUAUUGGAGGAUGAUGCUGAGUUGACUCUGGACAAAAUUGAAGAUCAAAUUGCAGUAGGUCAUCCUCCCCCUUUUUUUUUUUUUUUAUUCUUCAGUGAUUGUUUUCAUGCAGCAUGUUUUUGAAAGGAAAUGCUUUAUAUUAUUAACCCACUUUUAUAUUUCCCAAUUUUGCAUUGUAAUUUUAUGUUGCAGUGUUAAUACAUUUUUAAUAAAGUUUAUUAUCUGUCUAUAGGAAGAUGAUUCAGAUAAUGAAGAAGACCACUUUAUAGAUUUAAACAUUCUCAAAGCACAGACCCAAAAACUGGUAAGUCAUAUCUGGGGGAAAAAAAGCACUUUGAAUGUACAUGCAGAGAGGUUAUUUAUGAAACCAGCUCUGUUUGUUUGUUUUUUUCAUCUAUACUGAAAUAAUGGAAAUUACAUUACAAUUAUAAAGUCUGUUAUCUGGGAGCUGUAAACAUCUUUUAUUUGCAACAGUGUCAGUGUCUUUCAUACUUUAAUUUACAAUUUCGUGUGAGUACACAUUGAAAAUUUUUUUUUAUUUCCAGGACUCUGGAGAAUCUUCAAAACCAGAUGAUAUUUUGGAGUCUGUAACAGAUGCAGCAGAAUGGAAUCUGGAAGUGGAGCGUGUUCUUCCUCAGCUCAAAGUAGUAAUAAGAACUGACAACAAAGUAGGUGACUUCCCCUUAUGCAUCCAUGUCUUUUUUUUAAAUCCUUUUAGCAAAACAAUUUGGAAAUGGUUCUGUUUUCUUGUUUGUAGGACUGGAGAGUUCAUGUUGAUCAAAUGCACCAGCAUAAGGAUGGAAUUGAAACGUCAUUAAAAGAAACAAGGGUAUUUGCUUUUUUUCUUAGAUAUUGGUUAGUAGUCUUUUAAUUGAGAAAUGCAGAAAGCCCAGGUAAAAGGAGAGCAUACACACAGGCACAUAGAAAUCUUUACUCCCUUAUAAACUAAUAGACUCUACCAUUCACACAAAUACACUCCAAAAUACAUUCACUGCUACACUCCUUUAUAAUAGAUGCUCCCUCUUCAGCACCUGUAGUUCAGUCGUGCUCUUAAUGGAGGCUGCUUCUCACAAUCAGUCAGCUUCAUCAGUGAAAUGUGACUGAACUAAGGUAGUAAGGUGAAUCUUUAGCAAUGAGUCUGGCAGGAGCAUACAGUGCAUGCAAACACUGCUCCUCAGCUGACCAACUUUUUAAAUCACAGUAAAUAAGGGCAAUACUCUGGCCUGAAAUGGACCAUGUAACCAGCAAUCCAAGACAUAGUGUAUCACUCGGACAUACCCUCAGUAUUUUGGUAUAGGAGGCCCCUGGACAGCAUUCAAGUAUUUAAGGAGGCUAGAAAUUACCCCAAGACUGCUAUCUAGAGGUCACUGAUUUAGGAGAUACUCUUGCAUGGCAUCCUUCUUGCAUAGUUGUCUUGCUUAUUUCAUAAAGAAAGGCAGUAACCACUCUACAAAGUACAAUAACUCAAUAAUAGGGAUGUGAACAGAGAAGACAAGUGAGGAGGACAUGUUAUUUAGGGAGUUCAUUUUAAGGAGUUUGACUCUCUGAAGUCAUGAGAAUAACAUAUUUUUUAAAAUGUUAACUUGUAAAAGAUUGUAAUAGUUAAAUAUUAAAGGUUCGCUCCAAGCACCACAACCAAUACACCACACUGUAAUGGUUAUCGUGCUAGGUGUGCAUUGGAAAUAUCACACUCACACACCCUGUAAGUCUUAUAGGGGCAGCUUCUGGCAGAGACUGAGUGUGGAGUAGCACUUGUGGACCUAGGAGAGAAGUUAACCCACUAUAGUCUUUAAAUUGGAUGUCACCAGGACAUUCCUCACACCAUAAGAACUGCAGUGCUCUGCGGUGGUUAUGGUGCCUGGAGUGCUUCUUUAAUUUUCAUGUGAUCUAUAAGCAGUGUCUUUAAAAAUAUGCAACAGGAAUGUGUUGUAAAUCGCUCUUUCCUAUUCAAAGUGCACUAUAGUGUUAGGAAUUUAAACGUAUUCCUAAAACGAUAGUUUUCUGUUCAAUGUUUAGGUCCCCGGGCCUCUCUAAGUGCAUGGAAAGGUGAGCUUUACUUACCAAUCCAAAACAUUGGGAGUCUAUUGACAAAACGCUGUGCUGUGCUAAUCUGCAUCCCCUCAUAGAAAUGCAAUGAAUCAAUGCAUCUCUGUGGGGAGUGUUUAGCGUCUCCAUGCAGACCGUGGAGGUGCUGGACACCACUGGACUAGGAAGCAUCUCUAGUGGCCAUCUGAGUGACUGCCACUAGAGGUGUUACUUGACAUCAUUGUAAAUACUACCUUUUCUCCUCUGAAUAGAAUGCAUGGAUAGGCUAUAGACACCAGGACCACUACAUUAAGUUGUAAUGGUUUUGGUGACUACAGUGUCAGUUUAAGCCUUGCUAUGUACAUCUAAGAUUUUUUUUUUCACCUCUCUUUAGAUAGUCAUCAAAAGGUAAAUGGUGUUGAGAAAGCAGUAUCUAAAGUGUAAUAUUUUGCUUAAAUUCACCUUCAAAAUAAUAAUUAUGGGUUACACAAAGUGUUUCUGAAGCAGUUUAUUAUCUGUUUUGUUUAUAUUUAUAUGAUAGUUAUUUAUUGUGAGGCUAUAUUAAACAUUUCCAAAAAUCAGUGGAGCCUUGACAUUAAUAAUUUGGGAAACUGCAUGUAAUAAUUUGUUAAAAUCAUCUAGAUUUCUUUAUUACUUCUGAGAACACUUCAGUACAUUGUUUUUGUACAAAUGCAACAUUUUUGUUGACUAUAUAAUGAAUGUUUAAACAAAAACUGUCCUCUAGAAUGGAUUUCACUUGUCUGAAAUGUGAUCUUAGGGCUAUCUUGACAAGCUUCACAAUGAGAUCAGCAAGACUUUGGAGAAAGUGGGCAGUCGUGAGAAAUACAUCAAUAAUCAGCUGGAUCCCUUGGUCCAGGAAUAUCGGGUUGCUCAGGCCAAAAUGAGUGAGGUAAAAUCAUCCCAUUUAGCACAUCUAUUGUUGCAUUUGCUGGUUUACUAAUGCUGACAUUCAAACUUAAAAUUGUUCAUUAUAUUCUACAAUUUUUAUGUGAACAAUAGCACGUAUACACCGAUUCUCGAGUACUCGCCUGGCAAUGUUAAAACAUAAAAAUGUUUUAAAUAAAAAGCUGUACCAUAAAGGCUAAACACUAUAUACCUUCUGCUUGUCAUACAGUAACAAAUAUAAAACACAAAAGUAAAUCUCACGCGUGUCGUGCUUAGAGACUGCACUUAAUCUUGAGAAAGGAUUAGGUAGGUUAAGGACCAGAAUAAUGCACAUCAUGCUGUAAUUUAUGGAUUAUGACUUCAUAAAUUCUUCACAAAUCCUGUGAGUGUUCAUACGUUUUUGGAAUACAUAUGUAGAGAUAUGAGCUAUGUCUUUCAAUUGAUAUCUAUCUUUAGCAGCAGAUCAAACAUAUUUUCAAGUUGCUGGAACAGUCCAUUUAUGUUAUGUACUCUAUGCUAAAAUUAUAUUCAAUGGUAGUGAUUCUUUUAGUAAAUAUAUAGCCUUAGUGUCAACGAAGCAUGUUUAUCUUUUUACAUUCAUACUGUUUAGAUUUGUUGUGUUGUUAAAAUUCUGUACUUUUGUUUUAAGUAACUGUUGAUAUAUUUUUUUUUCCCUUAAAGGAACACUAUAGUCACCUAAACAACUUUAGCUCAAUGAAGCCGUUUUAGUGUAUAGAUCAUGCUUCUCAGGUUUCACUGCUCCAUUCACUGCCAUUUAGGAGUUAAAUCACUUUGUAUCGCUUUCUCUGUAAAUUGAAAUUUAAUCACACACAGGGGGAUCUUGCAGGGGAUAAGAAAGUCUAAAUUAAACAGAACUUGCAACAAAGGAAGGAUAAACUUUAGAUGACUCUUUACAGGAAUUGUUUACGAAGGCUGUGCAACUUACAUGCAGGGAGGUGUGACUAAGGUUCAUAAACAAAGUGAUUUAACUCUUAAAUGGCAGAGAAUUGAGCAGUGAGAUUGCAGGGACAUUAUCUAUAUACCAAAACUGCUUCAUUAAGCUAAAGUUGUUUUGGUGACUAAAGUGUCCCUUUAACCCCUUAAGGACACAUGACAUGUAUGACAUGUCAUGAUUCCCUUUUAUUCCAGAAGCUUGGUCCUUAAGAGGUUAAUUUUAUUUUUUAUUAUUGUGCACAUCAGGCAUGAAAACAGAAAUAAUAAAUGCAAUUGUUAUAAAAUAUAACAAGUAAAUUAGGCACAUGUAUAAAGAAAGUCUGAUAAAUGUUAUGUAAAUUAUUAGUCGGAGCUAAGUAAGACAAACUGGUAAAAGUUACUUAGGCAACUAAGGAAUGAAUAACCCUAGAAGAGGGUAAAAACAAUGGUUAACUCAUACAUACCUAAGGAUGAGGCACAUUAUCUUGUGUCAGGUGUUGAUUAAUUAAGAUGGUGAACUGCAAGAAAAAGAAAAGGACCACAUAUGUAAUCCGUGUCCAAACAGACCCCUCAUUUUAGAUGUUACUAUAUUGCUAUGCUUGAUUUAAACCCUUGUGCAUUUUUCCACCAUUAGGUAAAAGAUCAAUAUCAACAAGUAACUGGAAGGGUAACAGAGAAGACUCGGAUCCUAUCAGAGGUAAUUUAUUUAUUUAUUUAUUUUUUAUUACAUUUCUACCAGUGGCGGAUGGUGAAGUUUUAAGAUGGUGGGUCUCCAGACUCCUCCCCAGAAUUUUACUCCUCACUAUACAGUACAGAAAUACUCAUGCAAUAGAGAGAGCUAAACAUAAUACAAAGAUGCUCCUACAAUAAAACAAGCUUGGCACAACAUAACGAAAUCUAUAAAAUACAUAGAGCGGAGUACAAUACAGAGAUAACCAUACCACAAACAGAGCUGAGAAAAAAUGUAAUGUCCUGAGCUGGGCACAAUACAAAGAUACCUAUACAAUACACAGAGCUGGUUAGACUACAGAGAUACCCAUACAACAGGUAGAGCUGAGUAAAAUACAGAGAAAUAACACACAAAACAGGGCACAAUAAGGAGAUACUCUCAACUAUGCCACACAGCCAGGAACACUGUGAUGGAUUGCACAGAGCUGCAAAAUGGAGAUAUCCACGCAAUACAUGUCCGUGUAUAAUGCAUAUUCUCUCCUUCCUUUCUCCUUUCCCCACCACACAAUGUGUUUAUGGUUAGAGCAUCAAUAUACUGAUAGACUCCAAACACGUCGUCUACUCCUGCCUGACUCACUAUUGGCUCUCCGUACACAGUGUACAUAAACUUAAAGCAGCAGGAUACAGUUGGCAUUAUAGUUAAUCUGCACUGGUAAUAUGGAGAAGCAACAUUAAUUAUAGUUUAAAACAGAUUCAAAUCAGAAUCCGAUCAGUCCUCCUAAUCACAGCCCCAGUUUGACGCUUCACAACUUUUCUGCUACCCCCAGCACCAGUGCACUUUAAAGAAGGUAGCGUGUAUGUGCAGUAGGAGGUUUUAAAAUGAUUUGUGGCAGGCAGCACAGUGCUGUGUGUCAAAAAUGCUCUCCUCCCUUUGUCACCCUUUGGGCUUUCCUGGAUUUUUUUUAUAUUAUAUAUUUUUAAAUUCCCUUGCUUAAUCAUCCUUCAGACAUUCACUAUUGGGGGCAAGAAAAAUAUAUACCCUUUCAUUUGGCAGGGGCCUGGGGCUACUGCUACCGUGCUUUCUCUGUUCUAUUUCCAAGAUGGCUAAUUGCUUCUCUCUCCUGCGUGCACUGCAAACCCACCCCUGGUGCUAUCAGCCAAUGAUGGCGCUUGCACAGAAAGGCCAAUAGCAUGCCUUCACUCAUGGACAGGUGGCUCUGCUACCCAAAUAGUAACUCAAUGGAAAGUCCUCCUUAAACAAGACUAAGUAUGUGCAAAACCUGCUAAAACAUGGCAGAUUUAAAACCUGCCCAAUUUUUUUGAAAUUCCUAAAUACUCCCAAGUAAGCUUCUCCAAACAGCUACCAACUAUAUAGAUUUUAACAACAUGAUUAUCAUCUACUUGUGCUUUGAAGCUGUGAAAGCAAUUAUCGUUCCUUUGAUAAAAUAUGAUUAAUAUAACAGUUAUAUCGGAGUUAAUAUUUUUCUACUUAACUUCUGGAAAGUGGAAGCCCAGCUGACUUGGCUGUUGACAUUUGUCUAAAUUGGUAAUAAAUACUAGAGUGCGUGUGCAGCAAAUGGUAACAAAUGUCUUAGCAUAACAUAAUUACAUAAGUGUAUUCCUGCAUAUAGAAAAAUCAUAUUUGCAUAUUGCACUGCUUUUGAAACCUCAGGUGCCAUAAUGCUUAAAAUUGACCCCUGAAUUAAAAUAAUCUGACAUAUAUGCAGUGUAAAGCCGUGGCUCCUUAGUCAUACAUUCUUCCUGUUCACUAAAAUAACAGGAGAAAGCAGUAAUCCUGCUGUGUAAAUUGAGGCUUGCGUGGUGUAUAAAGAGUCAUAUGCUGUCAUUUUAGAAAGCCUUCAGCCAUACCACAGCUGUAGACGUAAACCAGUAGAAUGCUUGUUCUCUGCUUUUACAAGGCAAAGUAUAUAUCAGGCACUCACGUUGGGUCAUUUCUUCUGUAAUAAUUGCUUAUGAAAUAAAUUCAUGCUGUUCACUGAAUGGAAAGGUCACACAUGAGUUACCAGUAAGAAGAAAUGUCACUUAUUGGAGUGUUUGUAGAAAUUCUAGCUUUGUUUAAUUAGUUCUCAUUAAAAUGAGCAUAACUAUUACGGCUGGGAUACAUUAAAAAUGCUUAAUUCUUGUUGCACUUUUUGUGUUUACAAUUAAACAAAUUCUCUUAAGAUCACAGAAGAAUUAGAAAAAGUAAAACAGGAAAUUGAAGAAAAGGGAAGUAGCAUGACCGAUGGAGGUAAGUGUUCAUGUAUCACCAGGUAAACUAAAGCUGCUUUCUAUUACUUCUAAAAACAUAUAGUUAACUUUUGUGUAUUAUAUGUACAAUAAGGUGUUUUUUCUUUUUUGUGCUUUUUGUUUAUUUUUGUAUUUUGUAAAAAUGAAAAUAAUUUUGUUUUUCAUUUUUUAAAUGUCAGUAAAAUAUAUUUUUAAAAGAUGAUAUUGAUGAUAACUUAUUUUUUUCCUGUCACAUCUGGAAUUAUCACUUAUUUUAUAGACAGAUGUGCUAUAAAAUGGUUCUCCAUACUUUGUAAAGUGCAAUAGAAAAGGGGUUCACUGCAGUAACUAAUCUCUAGAUAUAUUAAAAAGUAGAAUGGUUUGUAAGGGAAAUGACAAUGAAAUAAAGUAUAGUCUAUAUUACUGGUGACAAAUGCACCCUCAGCACCUGUCAUCACUGAGAUACAUGGACAUUUUUAACAAAAAAUUCUAGUUCAGAUAAUUGUGGGCAAAUUGUGUUUGAGAGGAAUUCCAAUGUAGUCUGUCUAGCCACUUUUAUUUAUGGUUCUUUCCAUGCUAGAUUGGGUUGCUCAGAUUUUAUUUUUAGUAGCAUUGGCACUGAUACAUAUAUAUUUUGUUAUUCGCUAAGGUCCAAAUUGCACCGUAUUGAAGGGGGCAAAACCAUCCGCUGUACAGUGCCAUUCACACUACAAAAUCCAAACAUUAAUGACCUAUUAAACAAUGUCCGAAUUUUACAGAGCAGGCUCGAAGUGAACCUAAGUUUGGCCUGAAUAUCAGCUGGACCGAAAGCUUCUGGAAGCCUGACAUCCAGUCUGGAUGCUUCAAAUCUAGGCCCAGAUGUUUUAAAUAAAAAAUGUUGGCCUGGUGACAGCGAGGAUUAACCAUGAUACUAAAAACUGAAUGCCUCCAACUGAAUAAUACAGAUUUGGUUAGUUCGACUGAAUUCUAACCAGAAUAGGCUUUAGAAAAUGAGACUUGCGAUUCUUGUUGGAUAGUGUCAUAAUUAUUUAAUCUAGGUCAUGGCUCAACGUUUACACUUGUUAUUGAUCUGUCAAAAUUCUGCAUUGGCAGGUCUGUCAAGUCAUUGCCUUUCAUGGUCUGUGCUUUUAAAAGCAGCAUUUUAUUAAUACUGGUUGCAUGGCUAAUGUCUCCAGCCAUCAAGCGUGACAUUAAACAGCAAAGUAAAAAACUUGUAGAUUAAAGGUAUGCAGUGAUUGCAGAAAUUUGCCUGUCAGUCACUAGCCCUAAUCCAACUCAAGUACUGUGUGUUGUGUACUUCUAAUGCUGCAACAUGCUGAGCUUAAAGAGAUACUCUAAACAUCAAAGCAACUUUAACUUAAGGAAGCCAUUUUGGUGUAUAAAUUAUGCCACUGCAGUCUCACCGCUCAGUUCUCUGCCAUUUAGGUGGUUAAACAAUAUAUGGAACUGCAGCUACACCACCCCUGGCUGUGAUUCACAUAACCUCUGUGAAAAAAAUGUUGGUUUUACAGCAUAGUGUAUUUGCUUCAGAAGUUUGUAUUGUUUGCUUUCUUAAUUGUACUUUAAUUGCACACAGGAUAAUGCUGUAUGUGGUAGAAAGCCAUUAAGAGAGUAGGGGAUUUCCACUCAUCACUAGCCAUUGGAAAGUGCCCUGGUGAGUUGAAGUAAACCCCUGUAAGUGUGCCAUUGAUCCUACAGGCUUACAGUGCCAAGUAACAUUUAAGGUCUGACUAGUAGCCUUGGACUUGAAAUGUUAAAGGAACACUAUAGGCACCCAGACCACUUCAGCUUAAUGAAGUGGUCUGGGUGCCUGGUCCAGCUAGGGUUAACCCUUUUUUUUUUUAUAAACAUAGCAGUUUCAGAGAAACUAUGUUUAUAAAUAGGUUAACCCCUUAAUGACACAACUUCUGGAAUAAAAGGGAAUCAUAACGGAAUUUUUCCAUCAUGUGUCCUUAAGGGGUUAAUCCAGCCUCUAAAGCCUCCAGUGGCUGUCUCAUUGAAUGCUUUCCUGUGAGACUGGCUGAAUGCGCACGCAGCUCCUGCCACGCAUGCGCAUUCAGCCGAAGAGGAGGCGGAGAGGAGGAGGAGACCUCCCCGCCCGGCGCUGGAGAAAGAGGUAAGUUUAACCCCUUCCUCUCCCCAGAGUGUCAGGAAAACUAGUAUGUUUUGCUGGCAAUAUAGUGGUCCCUUAAGUCCUGAUUUAAGUAUAUUUUCAAAAAGCUUUGCAUGCAUGUUAAAUGAUCUUUACAGGUACUUUGGAUGGGGGACUGAUUUGUCCAAGAGCCCAGGUGGGACAUUAUUCAUUCUUGUUCAGAUGCAGUGUUAAAUAAUGUUUUACUCAGAUGCUUAUUUUUGGGCUUUUCUUUUCAGCUCCACUAGUGAAAAUUAAACAAGCAUUAACAAAGCUAAAACAAGAAUCUGUUGAAAUGGAUAUUCGGAUCGGUGUACUUGAGCAUACACUUCUUCAAUCAAAACUUAAGGAAAAAUCUAAUAUGACUCGUGAUAUGCAUGCAACAAGCAUUCCUGAAUCGUCUGUUGGAGUCUUUUAGAUAAAAUCCUUUCUAAUUAUUUGUGCUGUGUAAUUUUCUACACCACAUUAAAUUAAAUGUGUUUAUAUAUUCGUUAAUAAAGCAUUGAAUUUGUAGUAUUUUAAGUCUUGAGUGAUAUAGUUAAGUAUAUAGUGAUAUAUAAAUAUAGAUGAGGGGCAGAGUUGGUUGCAAGGUACGUAUCAAUGUUGGCAGCAUUGCAGUUCAUUUACGUAUAACUCCUGCUACCAUAAUUUUUAAACUUAUAAGGCUCGAUUUACUAAGUGGCUCUGCUAAGUUCAGUUAACGCUCAGAAGUCAAUUUAGAGACCUAUUAUUUUUACUAUCCCCACUCACAGGCUAACUUUCAGUGGAUAUAUUUCUCUACUGUAAUUGUUAAACCACGAUGCUAAGGAAACCUGUAGUUAUAGCUGCAAACAACAACACUUUGUCAACGAUAAACC